AUGAGAGGGUUCUCCAAUCUCACUCGAAAGCAGCUGCGGAAACAGCAGAAGCUCGGACUAGAUAAACCUAUUGGGCAGGAGACGAAAUUGGUGGAGUCCGAUUGGAAAGAUGCAUGGACUGAGAACUUGCCGAAGUGGGCACAGAAAAGGAAGGAUUAUGUUGAUAGGAUCCGGGCCUUUGCGGUACACAUGAUACCUGUUUUGACAGAGGAUUCGAGCAAGACUCGAACGAAGACUGGACGAUAUUGGAUGCAAGACAAAAGCGACGACGAAAGCAAGCGGGGUAGAUUCCAUUUGGUGGAUUAA